AUGAUGACGUGCUUAAAGAAGCGUUUUCGUAUCCAACUAUGGGAGGUAACACACCACCAAUGUCUCCUCCAGGGAAAACCAAGUAUUCCACACAUUCUAUACUUGGCCCAAAUAGUGCUUUUGGUGAUACUAAUCCUGGGGUAACAAGUCUCUUUCCUGGCACAAGUCUAAAUUCAGAGUCAAGAAAACAAUCAGAACAAUCUAAAUGGUUGUAUAGAGAUCCGAGCGGUAAUAUUCAAGGACCAUUUAGCAGUCAAGAAAUGAAUGAUUGGUAUAAAGGAGGAUUUUUUGUACUUAGCCUUUUAGUUAAGAGGGUGGAAGAUACCACAUUUGAGCCAUUAGGAGCUUUAAUUCGAAAGACUGGUGAUGAUGAGAGACCUUUUUCAGCACCAAUUAUGGGAAAUAGACCGUCUUUAACGAUUUCUAUGCCAAACAAUUCUUCACGGUUG